UGAGGGGAAAAUAAUUUUGAAGGGCUGGGAUGAUGCCACGUGGCAACUGUUAGACAUAAGGGUAUAAUUGACCCCAUAAUAUAACAGUAAGGGUAUAAUUGGCCCUAAAGUAUAACGAAGAGUAUCAAUGAACUAUUUCCCAAAAUUCAGAGGUAAUUUUAACUCUUUUUCAUAAUAUUAAUAAUUAGGUCUUAAGAGAAUUUGCUAAAAGUUCCAAUAAAGAAUCAAAACCCAAACCCCUAAACACUGUCUGCCCGUUAAAAAAAAAAAAAAAAAAAAAACACCAUCUUCCAAAACCCCCCACAGAGUCUUUUUCUUUCCUUGAAGUACUGAGAAACUUAUAGGUGUGAGAAGAAAUGGUGCGGCCUUAUAAAGUGAAAGGGGAAAAGAGAAAAAAGAAAGAAGAGAAUUAUGAUAAAGAAGAAGAAAUAGAGCAAUCCGAGUCAGCAAAAAGAGUGAAAACAGAACACACUGUUGCAGAUACUGAGGCAGCUGAAAGAGUUGUAGAUUUACUAGCUGGAAUACCAGUUGUUUCAACUGAUCAAAGCACUAAACCUGGUGUUAUUUUCAUAAUUGAGAGAGCCUCUCUCGAAAUUGCUAAAAUUGGAAAGACUUACCAGCUUCUGAACUCAGAUGAACAUUCCAACUUUCUGAAGAAGAAUAAUCGCAACCCUUCUGAUUAUCGGCCUGAUAUUGCUCAUCAGGCAAUGCUUACAAUUUUAGAUAGCCGAAUAAAUAAAGCUGGGCGAUUAAAAGCGUUGUAUGUGAGGACUGAGAAAGGCGUGCUCUUUGAAGUAAAACCUCAUGUUCGUAUCCCUAGGACAUUUAAGCGAUUUGCUGGUAUCAUGUUGCAGCUGCUACAAAAGCUGAGCAUAACUGCUGUUGGUAAACGAGAGAAACUGUUACGUGUUAUAAAAAAUCCUGUUUCACAGUACCUACCCAUCGACUGCCGGAAGAUCGGCUUCUCUCAUAGUUCUGAGAAACUGGUGGAUAUUCAGGACUAUGUUAAUGGAAUUAGCAAUGACAUGAACCUUGUUUUCAUGGUUGGGGCAAUGGCCCAUGGAAAAAUUGAUAAAGAAUAUGUCGAAGAUUAUAUAUCAGUUUCCGAUUAUCCAUUAAGUGCUGCAUACUGCAUAUCUAUGAUCACGAAUGCUGUGGAGCGCAAAUGGAAAAUUUUGUAGACUUGUACCUUACCCUGAUUUUAGUUGCUACAUUUACUUUCUAGAAUGUUAUCCUUUCAAGUACUCGUCUUACCUUGUCAUCCUAAUUUAGCAUUUACUCUAUUUUUAAAUAUAUUUUUGUUUCUUUAUCUUCUUCUCUCUGUCAUAUAAAGUUUCAAAUCAAUGUAAUGAAGGAUUUGUUGUUGAUCCAACUUUUCUCUGGUCAAUGAUUUAGGGAGUUGGUCUUUCCUUGAAACAUU